AUGAACCUUUUCGGCAAACUGCAUCCACCAGCGGGGUCUGGCUUUAUCCCCCCUCCCCUCGGAUCUGAAAAGAAGCAAAAAUACGAAGAUGAAAUGCGAAUCUAUGGUCGACGAAUGCCGGGGGCUGCCCCUCGCUUAGAAGGAGAGUCAGGUGGCGGUGGAGAGGGGGAGAUGAUGGCGUUGUUCCCCCAUGACGAUAGCCUCACGGGAACCCUGCGUGCCGAAUUGCACGAAUAG